CUGCAUAUUCAGAGCCUCCAACUUGGCGGGAUAUCCGCUCAAUCAAUAUCCAAUGAUCAACAACAAUCUCAACUCCAGCAGCAACAUCUUGGGUUUCCAUCUCCAGCUUAUGCAUUUCCUUAUAAUCCAGGUCCUUACCUGCAAGCACAACAACUUCAGCAGUACAGUAUCACCGGUGUUACAUCUGAACAGUUUCGAGAACAAACUACAGAACUCACUCGAGUUACAUGCUACCAACAGCAAGCCAAUAUGCAAAUACCAAACGGAAGAGAAUACCUGAUGGUAGCCGGUCGACCGCAACCAGUUUUUAUGCAACACCUCUCCCAGCACCAUAUUCCCUCUACAGCAACCUUACAACAACAGCAUCAUCAUCAUCAUCAUCAACAACAGCAACAGCAACAGCAACAACAACAACAACAGCAACAACAGCAGCAACAACAACAGCAACAACAACAACAACAACAACAACAACAGCAACAACAACAUCAUGGCAUUAUCACAGAGACUGGAAAUGUAGAUUCUGAACUGAGCACUCCAUCUUCAGCGCAAGCAAGAAGUAUAACUGAACAGCGUGGGGUAAUCCGUAAAGCUGCUUGCUCAAAACCUAAACCGAUGGCAACAAUUUGUUCAAUGAACGGGCAGUUAAUGCAUAAUAACAAUAAUCAAACAUCUCAUACGGUCAAUUAUCUUGAUGUCUUCUGUUCUGUUCCAGGUCGAUUAAGCUUGCUGAGCAGCGCAGCAAAGUAUAAAGUUACAGUCGGAGAAAUUCAUAGACGACUUUCUCCUCCAGAAUGUCUCAAUGCCUCAGUUUUGGGCGGCAUCUUACGCAGAGCGAAAUCAAAAGAUGGUGGCAAGUCACUACGGGAUCAACUGAAACGUGUCGGUUUGCAAUUACCCGCGGGAAGGCGAAAAGCUACCAAUGUUAAUUCAUUAACCGCUCUUGUUGAAUUUGAGGCGAUGCAUUUAGCAAAAGACUUCAACGCAGUCUGCGAAAACGAGUUCCCGGCCCGCGCCAUCGCGGAGCACUUGACCCGAGCAAACUGCUCGAUGGAGCCGUCUGAUGCACAAAGGCGCAAAAAUAUGCUCUUAGCCACUAAAGCGAUGCUAACAGAACUGAAAGAAUUACUCGGCAACGACCGAAGCCCAAUCUGUUCUUCCAGACCACAACCAAUUUUGGAGCCCAUGGUGCAAAGUCGAUUGACGCAUUUCUCCAUGGUCACUCAUGGAUUUGGCUCACCAGCUGUGUUAGCUGCAGUUAAUGCUAUUAUGAAUUGGGUUAAUGAAUCCGUGAAAUUACUUGAUACGAAAUGA